CCAGGAAAUUAUUACAUGACUACUUCGGGGGCAUUCCGGAGGGCUAUGACGUUCGCGGCAGACACACAAACAGCCCCAGGCGAGACUCGCGACUCUGCGUUUCUGAUUGCGUACGGCAGUGCUGUCCUGUGCGUGAGUCUCGGAACUUGAUCGAUAGCUAGUUGCUGUUUCCUUCGCCUGCAAACAACUGACUUCGGCAUUUCUUGCUAGCUGCUACGUCCAAGUUCACCAUCCGUGCAACAUGUUUCAUCGAGGGCCUCACGUCCCAGGUAUCAUAGUGGCAUCAGUUCUUCUGAUAGUCAGUGUUGAGGUUUGUGGCGAUUCCAAUACCACCGACUGCCCAUGUGACGUCUCCACACUGACAUCCUGCUAUGAAGUCUCUCAAGCACCUGCAUGCCUCCUGUCUAAGAACGUCUCGUUCUUGAUAAUUGAUCUUCCAACCAUCACCCAUCUGACUACCGCCGUGUUGGAGAAUGUGCCAAGCGUGCAGACACUCUACAUUACGUCCUCUUCCCUGACAACCAUCGGAUCGUCCGCCUUCGCCAACAACCCAUUGGUGUAUGAACUCAGAAUGAGUAUACCGAGCGUGACCACUUUGGAGUCUGCAGUCUUCCGAUUAUUGCCCAAACUCCAGUACCUGUACAUGACGAGUGCCAUCCAGAGCCUGGACGAAGACCAGUUUGAGCUCUGCCCAGACCUGAAAACAGUGGUCAUCGACGCCAGGAUCCAGAAAAUAUGGCCAGGAACUUUCAGACAGAACAAGGAACUCAGCUACCUGAGCCUCUACAACAACAACUUCACGCACUUGCCAGAUGGUCUGCUCGCUGGCAACCCAGAAUUGCGUCACUUGUUCCUCAAUAACAAUGCCAUACGGACCAUUUCUGGUGGGGCGCUCAGGAACGCUUCGAAACUCCAGGAGCUGAUGAUCUCUCGAAACCAACUGAGAAACCUAGAAGAGGGAACGUUGGACGAUGCGGAGCUGCUCACCGAUUUCGACGCUUCGGAGAACGAAAUCACUUCUCUGCCCUCGACAAUCUUCGCCAGAACUGUGUCGCUGAGAAAAAUUGAUCUCCACUCGAACAACCUGACGUCUCUUCCAAAGGACAUAUUUGCAACUACUACCAAACUCGUGGAUCUACUACUGGCCUUCAACCAGCUGGAAACCCUUGAGCCGGGCAUGUUCCAGCACACACCGCUGCUGUACACACUGGAUCUCAGAGAGAACAAACUCAAGAUCCUCCCUGCAGAUGCGUUUGCCGGGAUGCGGGGCUUGCGCUACCUGCGCCUGUCUCACAACCAGCUGGCCUCACUGCCAGCUCAUCUGUUCAAGCAGACCACUGGCUUGCUGACACUGGAGAUGUCAGACAACCUCCUCCAGGAGUUGCCAGAACAGCUGCUGGCCAACUGUACUGAGCUGUCGAUUUUAUUUUUGGGCCACAACCAGCUCAAGAGACUGCCUGGGCGACUCUUCAUCAACAACACUGAUCUGUGGUGUGUCUGGCUAGAACACAACCAUCUCUCGAGCCUGCCUGCCGACCUGUUUUCCGGGAAGGCACCGCUGACGCAGAUGUCAUUGGGACAUAAUCCGUGGAACUGCAGCAGCUGCGAUGUUAGUACUAUGUCCCGCUGGCUGACAUCACAAAACAUCGACGUUGUUGAUGUUGCGCCGGAGUGUUCGGGACUCAACAGGGACAUCCGCAAGGUGGAAACUGCGCCCUGUUAAGAGAAUGGAGUGUUUAUCGUGUGUAUCCGGGGGAAAGAUGAGGCUGGACCUCCAAGAGAUUCCUUAAGCUGCUGAAUGCUGCACGCAGAGGAUUUACUCAGCAGGAACUGCUGUCUAGGUGUUAGAUCUCGACGUGUUCUUAUAACAAGGUGUAACGAAACUGGACAUCAGGAGAGCUCCAGAACAUGAGAGUGUCAGCAGUUCUCUUUUAUUUGUACAGUCACUCGUUGACCCAGCAUCAGGACAUUUUUUUAGGUGUACUCUGUUGCCAGCACCCAUGAAAUAGGUAUUAAGUAGAGGCUUUUUUCGUGCAAGUGCAAUAAACUGUUCUGAGAUUAAUAAAUGAAAAGCGCUAAUUUGGUUCUGUUCUACAGUAUCACAUUUGUUGUUGCCAAAAAAGUUACAGUGUUUAUAAACGACGCUGGAAAAGAAGUUACACAUCUAGAUUGAAGCAGAAAUGUACAGUAAAUAACGUCUUUGGCAGUGUGGUGAUACUGCAAUGUAAAAAGUGAAAAGCUGAACAGUAAGUAAAUGUAAAGACAGUAAAUAGGAAAAAGUUUGACACAAAACUGGAAUAGUAAAUCUACGUAACAGAUUAUAUUAAUAAACAAAAUCAAUAAAACAAAAUUAAUACUUGAAAAGGCUACUUCAGGAGGUAUAAAACGUGAAGAUUCAUACCAAACCAAUUAAAAGAAAGAAUUAUCACUGUAAAUACACAUAUGAGGAACUUAUGCAAUAUCAUCAAGAUAAACAUAAAUGACUAACUACAGCAGAGUGGAGGAGUGUGAGGGUACAUGCAGUGAAUGUCAUCUUUGAGAGUGUGGUGGUACAGAAUUUUAAAACGCUGUAAAAAUGUAAAUGUAAAUGUCACCUUUGAGAGUGUGGAGGUACAGAAUUUUAAAACGCUGUAAAAAUGUAAAUGGAGGAAAGAGAAAAAACAGCAAUACUAUUCCCAGAGUUGUGUCUGUCUUCUGUUGGACAAUAUACAAAUAUAAACGGAGCAAAGAGGAAAAAUACUAACACUCUACUUAAAACUGUGUCUGCCUUCUGAUUGUUGAAGGUAUCUGUGCCUUAAAAAUCGUAGUGGAUUCAAGAGGGCACUGAUGUAGCAUUAGAUCUAAGAUGAUUUUAUUGCAAU